AUGAAUAUUGUUUCGGUUACUGAAGCAUACAAGGCUCUUAUCCAUAGUUUUAUGGAAUAUGGUACAUUGUGUCGACUUUAUACCGAAGAUGAAUAUGGUAAUUACUUAUCUGGUGAUAAAUACGAUCGACCAUGCCAUAAUGAUGAGGAUUAUACUUAUUAUACACCGCAAACUACACAUUAUGUUGUUGCGCAUAUUCCCUUUAGCUUUGAAGAUGAUAAAAAGCGUGGACCCGCGACGAGGCUUGCGGACUUCGCUAAGGAAAGCAAGGAGAAAAAGUUGAGGGCCUUCUCCUUGUACAAGAGUUUGAAGGAGGUGUUGGCGAAACAUGGUAUUGGUGGCAACGGUAUAGGCACCAUUCGUCAGUUCCCACCGAAAACCUAUCCGCUCAAAGAUGAUGACGAGGAGUUACAACAAUGUGUUAAGGAAAUAAAGCGUAGGCUGGGAAACAUGGGGACUUGCCGAUAGCAACGAACCAUGCGUCGUGAAUAUAUUUCAGCAAUCCUCCACGCUUCGCUCUAUAUCGUCAAAAGAAUAAACAACAAAGACUCCUCAACUCGAAGUUGUUGGUGAAGAAAGUACUGGUCGGGUUGAUUACGCAAUCAAG